CUUAACCGAAAUAAAAUUUUGCGUCAAAAAUUGGAUAAUAAUUUCAAGGGCGGAGUUAGUGAUUUAGACAUUGAAUAUUAGUAAUAAAUAAAAUGAAAUAAAGUUUCACAUAACCCCAAAUUCCAUUUUCGUGAAAUUUAGCUAUACUCCCACCACUUUUUCCGGCGAGAUAAUUCCGGCAAUCAAAGGCGGAAGCCGUCGCCGGCUGUGAUGGCAUUCUCAUUCGCACCCGUGAAAGUCCCUUCUUGCCUCACCUGCAGAGCAUCUCUCGCAACUUCAUCCUCAUCGCCGCCGUCGUCGCUCGCCUUCGACGCCGCCUACGUCAAACGCGCCGCCGAUUUAGCCGACAAAUCCGCCGGAUUCACGGCGCCGCACCCCAACUAUGGCUGCGUCAUUGCCGCUAGCUCAGGUAAUGGAGAAAAGGUUGUGGUCGGAGAAGGGUAUUUGUAUGCCCAGGGCACCUCUCCCCCGGAGGUCGAGGCGGCGGAGGCCGCCAGAGAACGCUGCCGUGGCGCCACCGCUUAUCUCAACAUGGAGCCCGAUCAUUGCCUCGGCGAUCAGGCUGCUGUCUCUGCUUUGAUUCAGGCAGGAAUUUCUAGAGUUGUCAUUGGAAUCAGACAUCCUUUGCAGCAUCUUCGGGGCAAAGCUAUUCGUGUUUUUCGAAGCAAAGGACUGCUGGUUGAUGUUCUUGGCGAGGAUCUCCAGUGUAAAGCAAUGGAGGAAAGUUUGAAGUCAUGUCUUCUUGUCAAUGCCCCUUUACUAUAUAGAGCUGCUAGUCAAGUUCCAUUUUCUGUUCUCAAAUACGCAAUGACCCUCGAUGGAAAAAUUGCUGCAAGUAGUGGACAUGCAUCAUGGAUAAGCUGCAAAAAGUCAAGAACCCGUGUUUUUGAACUACGGGGCAGGAGUGACGCUAUUAUCGUAGGAGGAAACACUGUGCGCCGAGAUAAUCCUCUACUCACAGCACGACAUGGAGGCGGGCAUUCACCUCAACGGAUUGUAAUGUCUAAAUCUCUUGAUCUCCCCGAGGUGGCAAACUUGUGGGAUGUUACUGAGUUUUCCACCCUGGUUAUGACACAAAGAGGAGCAAAGAGAAGCUUCCAGAAAUUCCUCGCGUCAAAAGGCGUUGAAGUGGUUGAGUUUGAAAUUUUGAACCCCAAAGUCGUUAUGGAUUACUUGUAUGAUCGUGGAUGUCUUUCGGUUUUGUGGGAGUGUGGAGGUACAUUAGCUGCUUCUGCUAUUUCUUCGGGUAUCAUACACAAGGUACAUGCGUUCGUUGCCCCUAAAAUUAUUGGUGGGAAAAACGCACCAUCUCCCGUGGGGGAACUCGGGAUGGUGGAGAUGUCUCAAGCUCUGGAACUGAUCGAUGUAAACUACGAGCAGGUCGGUCCAGAUAUACUCGUGACCGGAUUUCUCCAGCCGGUGCCUGACUUGUCGCCAGUGAUCCCAUCAGUUGACGAAGCUUCUGCAAUUGAUCCUACUGUUUCUCCAUACGAGUCGAGCAUCAUUUUCUUUUACAAGACAUGGGAUCCUUAUGGUGCCUUUUCAAACUUCUCUUUGCAUCCGAUUCGAUUGCAUGAUGAAAGUGGAGAGUAUUACCACUGGCCAAGUGUGGAGCAUUAUUACCAGGCUAAUAAGUUCAUGGGUUCAGAAGACCCUGCUGCGAAGACGUGUUUGAAGGAGAUAAAAAGUGCGAGAAGUCCAGAGAAAGCAGCUCGUCUAGGAAGGCGAACACAGAGGCAACGGCCAGAUUUGGUUAGGGCGGAUUGGGACUCUGUGAAGAUCGAUGUAAUGUAUAGAGCGUUGAAGUGUAAGUUCACGACCUAUCGUUACUUGAGUUCCAUGCUGCUCUCGAGUGCUGGAUCUGUUCUCGUUGAAGCUUCACCACACGACCUGUUCUGGGGAGGCGGACGGGACGGAGAAGGGCUGAACUAUCUCGGGAGACUGCUGAUGCAGCUGAGAUCUGAGUUGCUGGCUGAGAAUUCUGCUUCAAAUGCAGACAACGAGAAAGAGGAAAACCAAGUUCAGAAAUUGGCAUGAAAAUUGACUAUUGACUUGUGUGAGAUUUUCUCAAUAUGCUUUCGUGUCACGUCUCGUAUUUUGCUAUUACUCCCUACGUCCAUCAUUAAGUGACCAAUUAGAAUCGGCAUGAAUUUUAAGAAAUGUGAAGGAAUGCGAGUGGAAUGAGUUAUUAUAGUGUGUUGUACGAGUCAUUAUGGUUACGCAAUGUAAAAUCUAGAAAAAUAAAAACUACAUAAUUAUAGCCUUAAGUAUUUGAUUUCUAAA